AUGGACGGGCUUCAGAUUGACGACAGACCUCAUGAGAAGUCAUAUUUCUCUGGCGGUCAUGAUAAGAUGGUCGCUCCGGACAAGGUUAUGACGGCUGCAUACCCCUAUGAACCUGUCGAUUCUCAACCAGGCGAACCCCAGCCUUCUGCUUCCCGCUUGCCGUGGCGACUGUCGGUCCUGGCAUAUACCUUGGUUGUGGCCGGGGUGACCUUGUUGAUAUGUGGUGCAGCCUUUGGAGGUGCCCUCGGCGGGGUUGUUACAAGCCACAAGCACUCCGAUUCGAAUACACCGGCGACUACCACAGUCACCGCGACAGUGACCAACACCGUCUCAUCAGCCCCCACGACCCAAACUGGCUUGGUCAACAAUUACUCUCCUCUACUGCCGGAUCAGGUCAACACUACCGCCCUUGAUUGCGCUGAACAAGCCACGAUUACUUCCAGGUCCGACGAACAGUACCAGCUCAAUUGCAAUAUCAACUAUCCUGACAACGACUUGCUCAACUUUAUUGCUUACAGCCUCGACGAUUGUAUUGACGCGUGCUCCAGUAUCAACACAGUUUCCGGGGAUACACAGUGUCAUGGAGUUGUGUUCAAUGCCAACCUUGAGAAGUCGGACCAGCAGGGCCACGGGAAUUGCUGGUUGAAAUCAAUCAUGGCCAAUCCCACAACCGACCCUCAGCCUCCGUCUGUUGGCGCCGUGUUGCUGUCAUGA